AUGGCUAAGAAGAUAUUAAUGCUCCAUGGGAUUGCACAAACUGGUGAAUAUUUUUACCACAAGACUAAAGGCCUAAGGACAGAAUUUGAGAAAUUAGGCUAUGAAUUGUACUAUCCUACUGCUAACAACACGAUGCCGCCUGCAGAUGUUCCUAAUUGCGCUAGUGAUGAAGUAGUAGCGAGUGGUGUAAAUGAUGUAUCGACGUGGAUCCAGAUUGACACUGCUAAAGCUGAUUACAGCAUUUUACCCUCGACUUUGGAUUACCUACGUCAGUACGUGAUUGAAAACGGACCUUUUGAUGGUCUACUUGGUUUUAGUCAAGGCGCAAUUGUUGGAUCAUAUUUAAUGACAGAUUUCAAUGUACUACUAAAUCUGACCCAUGAGCAACAACCGCCAUUCAAGUUCUUUAUUGCGUUUAGUGGAUUCAAGUUCGAAACGGCAAGAUGCGCAUCCCAAUAUGUAGAGCAUCCAAUAAAUGUCCCAUCACUACAUGUGCGAGGUGAAUUGGAUACAGUGACGGAAGCUGAAAAGGUGCAUGCUCUUUACGAGGCAUGUACGCCUGAGACAAGAACGUUUAUCAGUCACCCUGGUGGUCACUAUGUGCCCAAUUCAAGGUGUUUCUCAAAGAAGGUAACUGAAUGGUUAAAAACUAUAGAUCCUAGCCUCGAGAAAUCUAAAUAUUGA